CAAGGAGUGGGCCGCGCUCCUCCGACUUAUGCAAGCAUUACACAAGCUUCCCUUUUUUGUACUACUACAUGCGACCACUUUCACAGCGGCCGUCAUCCAGCAUGCCCACGUGCGUUGCCGAAAGCGGCGGCGUGGUCACGAUGGCCACCAUCAAGAACACGUUCCUGGAGUUCGUCAGCCCAGCCGAGGACGACGCCACUUGCAGCUCGUCCUUGCGCCGUACCAAUUCCAGCCCGUGCCUGAUCAGCACGCCUCCGAGGACGCCUCCUCGGGCAGGGCCGCGGCCGCGGACGACGACGACGACUCGUCCUGGCCCGACGCGAGCGGGGGCGACGCGGAGAGCGUCCGGACGGCUCCCUCGGACGAUUCGCGGACGACCGACGCGGACUUUCCCACAGGCCUCGUGGGGCGCCCGCCGCAGUGCGUCUUCAGCGACCUCCUCCAGGUCCAGGGCCUGCCCUGCGGGGAGAAGGACCUGUGCAUCCACGGCGCCCCUAAGGCCCAGACCGCGCCCACGAAGGCGCUCGAGGGCGGUGGAGCCGCACCUAGCUUGCCCUCCUCCCCCUCCCCCUCCUCCCCCUCCUCGCCCCCCCCCGAGCCCCCGCGCGGAGGUGGGCGCCCCGCAGAGCGACCCGCGGCCCCCGGCCUCGCCAGGGCGGGCCGUCGCCGCCGUGCCCGGCGCCCCCGUCCAGGAGAAGGCAGUGGAUCACGAAGUGACCCCGCAGGGCAGUACCGUGAUGCUGAAGGCCCUGCCGAGCCAGUACACGCGCGACAUGCUGAUCGAGCUGCUGCAGUCCAAAGGGUUUUUGCAGGAACACCAUUGCAACUUUCUCUACCUUCCCAUGAACUUCAAGCUCUCGCAGAAUGUUGGAUACGCGUUCCUGAACCUGACAUGCAAGGAGGAGACGAAGCGCUUCUUCGACGUUUUCGAUGGUUUCAGCGAUUGGGCAGUGGAAUGGGACCAGGCCUCAACCGUCUGGUGGAGCGACACGAAGGGCUUGAACGCGAAUAUCGAACGUUACCGCAAUAGCCCCAUGAUGCGGGAUGAUGUGCCCGACAUAUUUAAGCCAAUAUUGCUGUCUGGCGGGAAGCGGAUUAGUUUUCCGAGCCCCACGAAGCAGCAUUUGCCCAGGAUCCGUUGCCGUAAGGGCCACGGCAUCAGAGUUAAGAUGUCACAGCCAGACGAUUCGUUUGGUCAGUGAGUUCCGUUCCCUAGAAUACCAAAUAAGCACGCGUUUCAGCCUACAUACAUCUAGAUGGCAAAUAGGCAAAAACAGCCUGUGUACAGCUGUUGCUCGCUCAUCCGCACUACGUAUCAAGGAUCACUUCAAAAUGUCAUUGCGGCUCGAGGUAUGCACCAAUGUGGUUUGACAAAGACUGUUCGUAUCUCAUGUUACGCAUGGCCCAGCUCUUGCUUACCCGCUGUUGUCCAGUCUGCCCC